UACGUGGCAUGAAGCAUGAAUCCUUUCUACAUCCGCCAUUUUAUCAUACGGGACAUUUCGGGAGUGUUGGUUUUAUGUUUUAUCAUUUCUCGUGUAAAAAUAAUCAUUUUUAGUGCAAAGUCACAAUAAACGUAUUUUACUUGGACAAACAGCGUAAAUUGGACAUUAUUCAGCCUCCCGAGAGAGACGUAGGUCGAAGGUGACAGACAACUACCCUCGACAGAUUGACAAGACACGCUGGAACUUUUUAGUCAAUAAUUUACAUAAGAAAGUAUUUAUAUAGUUAAUUAUCAACCAUGGGGAAUAUGUUUGCAACGUUAUUUAAAGGCCUGUUUGGCAAAAAAGAAAUGAGAAUUUUGAUGGUCGGUCUUGAUGCAGCCGGUAAAACUACAAUCCUUUAUAAAUUAAAAUUAGGGGAAAUUGUAACAACGAUUCCUACUAUAGGAUUCAAUGUAGAGACUGUUGAGUAUAAAAAUAUUAGUUUUACUGUUUGGGAUGUUGGUGGCCAAGAUAAAAUCAGACCUCUGUGGCGGCACUAUUUCCAAAAUACACAAGGAUUAAUAUUUGUGGUGGACAGUAAUGACAGAGAACGUAUUGGUGAAGCACGUGAAGAAUUAAUGCGAAUGUUGGCUGAAGAUGAACUGAGAGAUGCAGUACUGUUGAUAUUCGCUAAUAAACAAGAUUUGCCAAAUGCCAUGAAUGCGGCAGAAAUAACAGAUAAAUUGGGCCUACACUCGUUACGCAAUCGAAACUGGUAUAUCCAAGCCACGUGUGCCACGAGCGGAGAUGGUUUGUACGAAGGUCUUGACUGGUUAUCCAAUCAACUAAAGAAUGCAAAUCGUUAAUCAAGAGUGACUAUUUUGUCAACAUUAAGUUGCUAUUAUUAUCAUCGUCAACAAAAAAACAUAAUAAACACAAAACCAUCAUUUAAAAAAUUGAUAAAUCGACCGAAACAAUAUUAACAUCAACAAGAAAUUACUAUAAUAACACGAAUCAACGGCGAACACCUGCCCUCGUGAGAGUACAAAAUGCCGCAAGAAGGAUUGACGCGUUUUCAAACAAACAACUUUUUUAUUUUUUCAUUCAGGGGUGGGAGAGGGCAAAUAAAUGCUAAUGAUUUUAAGAUAGAUAGGCUCGAGAUAGUUCAUAAUAGCAAGCAGGUGACAGGAAGGUAUGUGAGAGCGUGUGAUCGGCUCUAGAUUUUUUAAGUUUAAACAUGGAUUGACGUUCUCACUAGAAUUAUUUGCCCUGUGCAAAUCUAUUAUAUUAAUUCUAUUAUUAUUGUAUUAAUUAAUUAUUAUAAUUAUUAUUAUUAUUAAUAUUAUUAUUAUUAUAAUUAUUAUACUAGAAUUAUAGUUACACUUUUUACACAGAUAUACCACAACAUCAAGUGUGGAGAAUAUAAAGUGAAAAAGUUGGAUAUUCUUAAAAAAAAAAUAUAAACUAAAUCAUUGUAUUAAAAUAAUUGCCAAGUACACACAAAUGAUAUAAACAGAAAUAAUAAUAAUAAUGUUGUAAUUGAUUUUAAUUGGCUUCUCGAGUGUUCGUUAACCGUGAAUUUGUAAGUGAAACAAAAGUGAAAGAAUGAAAGACUUUAGAAAUUUUUCUUAUGUGACAAUUUAAUAAACGCUAAAUAAAAUAACAGUGUUUUAGAAAAGAAUAUAAAAAUAAAAAAAAAUCGAUCUAGAUAGUCGCACACGUCGGUAUCAUUAUUUCACAUGUGCUUGAUUACUUGAUAAUGUAACUUCAUUUCUUGUACAUUACAUUAUAAAUCUUGAAACAUAAUGGAAAAAAUGAACAUUUAAUUGAUAGAAAAAGGAAUAUAUAAAGAGAGUGUGCCGUCUUGUCCAAUGCAUUGCAUUUGUUUGUAAUGCUAUUCUCCCUCCCCAAUGAAUCCCUCCCGCCUCACAAUCUCACCAAACACAUAAUUAUGUCCUGCUUAUUAACGCACUGCAAUUAAUUAAAAAUUUUUAAUAAUACACUUUAAUAAGAGAGAUAAAAUAUUAUAAAAAUCCUUGGAGUGGUGCAACAAGCUCAGAGCUGUUUUGAAAUUAUCAAAUUAAUUAAAUAUAAGUAAUGAAUAAUUAUUAUUUUUCUUUUUUACCAUUAUUAUCAUUUUUAUUAUUAUUAUUAUUAUUAUUAUUAUUAUUAUUAUUACUAUUACUAUAACUAGAAUUUUUGUAUGUUUUGCAGAAACGCGAUCGAUGUAGACGAAUAGUAGGUCAAUUUACUCUCAUACUCGAGAUAAUAAGAAUGAAAUAAAUAAAAAGAAUAAUAAAAAAAAAAGAGA